AUGGAGGAUGGGGCAGAAGGGAGGCGGAUGUGCCAGAACUGCGGAGGCUUGGUCCAGGGCCCCAACGGCACCAUUGAGAGCCCCGGGUUCCCGCACGGCUACCCCAACUACGCCAACUGCACCUGGAUCGUCCUCACCGGGGAGCGCAACCGGAUCCAGCUGUCCUUCCACACCUUCGCGCUGGAGGAGGACUUCGACAUCCUGUCGGUGUACGACGGGCAGCUCCAGCAAGGGAACCUGAAAGUCAGGUUGUCCGGGUUUCAGCUGCCCUCUGCCAUCGUCAGCACAGGAUCCAUCCUCACGCUCUGGUUCACCACCGACUUCGCCGUGAGCGCCCAGGGCUUCCGAGCGCUGUACGAAGUUUUGCCGAGCCACACCUGCGGAAACCCUGGGGAGAUACUGAAGGGCGUCCUGCACGGAACGAGAUUCAACAUCGGAGACAAAAUCCGCUACAGCUGUCUCUCUGGCUACGUCUUGGAGGGCCACGCGAUCCUGACCUGCAUCGUCAGCCCGGGGAACGGCGCGUCCUGGGACUUCCCUGCCCCGUUCUGCAGAGCCGAGGGCGCCUGCGGGGGGACCUUGCGGGGGACGAGCAGCAGCAUUUCCAGCCCGCACUUCCCGUCGGAGUACGGAAACAACGCCGACUGCACGUGGACCAUCCUGGCCGAGCCCGGGGACACCAUCGCCUUGGUCUUCACCGACUUCCAGCUGGAGGAGGGCUACGACUUCUUGGAGAUCAGCGGGACGGAGGCGCCUUCCAUAUGGCUGACCGGCAUGAACCUCCCCUCUCCGGUCAUCAGCAGCAAGAACUGGUUACGACUGCACUUCACGUCCGACAGCAACCAUCGGCGCAAGGGGUUCAACGCUCAAUUCCAAGUGAAAAAGGCGAUCGAGUUGAAGUCCCGAGGGGUGAAGAUGCUGCCGGGCAAGGACGGCAGCCACAAGAACUCCGUCUUGAGUCAAGGCGGCGUCGCUUUGGUCUCCGACAUGUGUCCAGACCCUGGGACCCCAGAGUUCGGGAGGAGAGCAGGGUCCGACUUCAGGGUCGGCGCGAGCGUGCAGUUCUCCUGCGAGGACAGCUACGUGCUGCAGGGCUCCAAGAGCAUCACCUGCCAGCGGGUCACGGAGACGCUGGCCGCCUGGAGCGACCACCGGCCCAUCUGCCGAGCGCGGACGUGCGGCUCCAACCUGCGCGGGCCCAGCGGCGUCAUCACCUCCCCCAACUACCCGGUGCAGUAUGAGGACAACGCGCACUGCGUGUGGGUCAUCACCGCUGCCGACCCCGACAAGGUCAUCAAGCUCGCCUUCGAGGAGUUCGACCUGGAGCGCGGCUACGACACCCUGACGGUGGGCGACGCCGGCGUGGUGGGCGACACCAGGACCGUCUUGUACGUACUCACGGGCUCCAGUGUGCCGGACCUGAUCGUGAGCAUGAGCAGUCAGAUGUGGCUGCACCUGCAGUCAGACGACAGCAUCGCCUCGCCCGGGUUCAAGGCCGUGUACCAAGAAAUUGAGAAGGGGGGCUGCGGGGACCCUGGCGUCCCUGCCUACGGGCGGCGGACGGGCAGCAGCUUUCUCCACGGCGACACGCUCACCUUCGAGUGCCAGGCCGCCUUCGAGCUGGUGGGGGAGCGAGCCAUCACCUGCCAGCGCAACAACCAGUGGUCCGGCAACAAGCCCAGCUGCGUGUUUUCCUGCUUCUUCAACUUCACCGCGUCCUCGGGCAUCAUCCUGUCCCCGAACUACCCCGAGGAGUACGGGAACAACAUGAACUGCGUGUGGCUGAUCAUCUCGGAGCCGGGCAGCAGGGUCCACCUCAUCUUCAACGACUUCGACGUGGAGCCCCAGUUCGACUUCCUCGCGGUCAAGGACGACAGCGGCUCCGACGUGACCGUCCUCGGCACCUUCUCGGGCAACGAGGUGCCCUCCCAGCUAGCCAGCAGCGGCCACGUGGUCCGCCUGGAGUUCCAGUCCGACCACUCCACCACCGGCCGCGGCUUCAACAUCACCUACACCACGUUUGGCCAGAACGAGUGCCACGACCCCGGCAUCCCCAUCAACGGGCAGCGCUUUGGGGACCGGUUCCUGCUGGGGAGCUCGGUCUCCUUCCACUGUGACGACGGCUUCGUGAAGACCCAGGGCUCCGAGUCCAUCUCGUGCAUGCUGCAGGACGGGAACGUGGUCUGGAGCUCCGCCGUGCCCCGCUGCGAAGCCCCGUGCGGCGGACAUCUGACAGCGUCCAGCGGCGUCAUCAUGCCUCCCGGGUGGCCAGGGUACUACAAAGACUCUCUAAACUGUGAAUGGAUCGUCGAGGCCAAACCGGGGCACUCCAUCAAGAUAACAUUUGAUAGGUUCCAGACGGAAGUCAACUACGACACCCUGGAGGUGAGGGACGGGCCAGCCAGCUCGUCCCCGCUGAUCGGCGAGUACCACGGCACGCAGGCCCCGCAGUUUCUCCUCAGCACUGGGAACUCCCUGCGCCUGCUCUUCACCACGGACAGCAGCCGGGCCAGUGUGGGCUUCCUCAUCCGCUAUGAGAGUGUGACCCUGGAGUCGGACUCCUGCCUCGACCCAGGGAUCCCCGUGAAUGGGCGGCGGCACGGCAGCAGCUUCGGCAUCGGGUCCGCGGUGACCUUCAGCUGCGACCCCGGCUACACGCUCAGCGAUGACGAGCCGCUGGUCUGCGAGAGGAGCCACCAGUGGAACCGCGCGCUGCCCAGCUGCGACGCCCUGUGUGGAGGCUACAUCCAGGGGAAGAGUGGGACGGUCCUGUCUCCAGGGUUCCCGGACUUUUACCCAAACUCACUCAACUGCACCUGGACCAUUGAAGUGUCCCACGGAAAAGGGGUUCAGAUGAUGUUCCACACCUUCCACCUGGAGAGCUCCCACGACUACCUCCUGGUCACGGAGGACGGCAGCUUCUCGGAGCCUGUGGCCCGGCUCACGGGCUCGGUGCUGCCCCACUCCAUCAAGGCAGGUCUGUUCGGCAACUUCACCGCCCAGCUCCGCUUCAUUUCCGACUUCUCCAUUUCCUACGAGGGCUUCAACAUCACGUUUUCGGAGUACGACCUGGAGCCCUGCGACGACCCCGGCGUCCCCGCCUUCAGCCGCAGGAUCGGUUUUCACUUCGGAGUCGGGGACGCGCUGACGUUCUCCUGCUUCCCGGGGUACCGCUUAGAAGGCGCCACCAAGCUCACGUGCCUGGGUGGGGGCCGCCGAGUGUGGAGCGCACCUCUGCCAAGGUGUGUGGCUGAAUGCGGGGCGAGUGUCCGGGGAAACGAAGGGACGUUGCUGUCGCCGAACUUCCCGGCCAACUACGACGACCACCACGAGUGCAUCUACAGCGUGGAGACGGAGGCCGGGAAGGGGGUCCGCCUGCGGGCGCGCAGCUUCCAGCUCUCGGAGGGGGACACUCUGAAGGUCUACGACGGAAAGGACAGCGUGUCACGGCUGCUGGGGACCUUCACGAAGAGCGAGCUCAUGGGGCAGACGCUGAACAGCACCUCCAACCACCUGCGGCUGGAGUUCACCUCCAACGGGUCGGACACCGCCCAGGGCUUCCAGCUCGCCUACACCAGCUUUGACCUCGUGAAGUGUGAGGACCCCGGGGUCCCCAGCUACGGCUACCGGCUCCGGGACGAAGGCCACUUUGCGGACACCUCCGUCCUGUUCAGCUGUAACCCAGGCUACACCAUGCACGGCAGCGGCACCCUGACCUGUCUCAGUGGGGGCUGGCGGGUGUGGGACCAGCCCUUGCCGUCCUGCGUGGCGGAGUGUGGCGGGCAGAUCCACGCAGCCACCUCGGGGCGCCUGCUGUCCCCUGGCUACCCGGCGCCCUAUGACAACAACCUGCACUGCACCUGGGUCAUAGAGGCAGACCCGGGGAAGACCAUCAGCCUCCACUUCAUCGUGUUCGACACGGAGACCAACCACGACAUCCUGAAGGUGUGGGACGGGCCCCUGGAGAGCGGCGUGCUGCUGCAGGAGUGGAGCGGCUCCGCGCUGCCCGGGGACAUCCACAGCACCUUCAGCUCGCUCACGCUGCAGUUCGACAGCGACUUCUUCAUCAGCAAGUCCGGCUUCUCCGUGCAGUUCUCCACCUCGGUGGCAUCCACCUGCAACGACCCAGGUGUGCCUCAAAAUGGCACCCGGUACGGUGACAGCAGAGAGCCCGGGGACACCAUCACCUUCCAGUGCGACCCUGGGUAUCAGCUCCAAGGACAGGAGAAGAUCACGUGUGUGCAGCUGAACAACCGCUUCUUCUGGCAGCCGGACCCGCCCACCUGCAAAGCUGCGUGUGGAGGGAACCUGACCGGCCCGGCGGGCGUCAUUCUAUCGCCCAACUACCCGCAGCCGUACCCCCCGGGGAAGGAGUGUGACUGGACCAUCACGGUGAACCCGGACUUCGUCAUCGCCCUGAUAUUCAGAAGCUUCAACAUGGAGCCCAGCUACGACUUCCUGCACGUGUACGAGGGCUCCGACUCCAACAGCCCGCUCGUGGGCAGCUUCCAGGGCGCCCAGGCCCCCGACAGGAUCGAGAGCAGCGGCAACAGCCUCUUCCUGGCGUUCCGGAGCGACGCCUCCGUGGGCCUGUCGGGCUUCGCCAUCGAGUUCAAAGAGAAACCGCGGGAGGCCUGCUUCGACCCUGGAAACAUCAUGAACGGGACGAGAGUCGGGACAGAUUUCAAACUGGGCUCCACCGUGACCUACCAUUGUGACCCUGGCUACACCAUCGUGGACCCCUCGUCCAUCGUGUGCGUGAUCGGAGCCGACGGGAAGCCGGCCUGGGACCGCGUCCUGCCGACCUGCAGCGCUCCCUGCGGGGGCCAGUACGCAGGGUCGGAGGGCGUGGUGCUGUCGCCCAGCUACCCCCAGAACUACACGGCCGGCCAGGUGUGCCUGUACUCCAUCACGGUGCCGGAGGAGUUCGUGGUGUUCGGGCAGUUCGCCUACUUCCAGACGGCGCUGGACGACGUGGCCGAGCUGUUCGACGGGGCCCAGCCGCAGGCCAGGCUGCUCAGCUCGCUGUCCGGCUCGCAUUCCGGGGAGACCCUGCCUUUGGCGACGUCCAAUCAGAUCCUGCUCCGGUUCAGCGCCAAGAGCGGGGCGUCUGCCCGCGGCUUCCACUUUGUGUAUCAAGCCGUGCCCCGGACCAGCGACACCCAGUGCAGCUCCGUCCCCGAGCCCAGAUACGGCCGGAGAAUCGGCUCCGAGUUUUCAGCGGGUUCGGUCGUGCGGUUCGAGUGUAACCCCGGGUACCUGCUGCAGGGGUCCUCGGCCGUGCGCUGCCGGGCGGUGCCCAACGCACUGGCCCAGUGGAACGACACCAUCCCGAGCUGCGUGGUCCCCUGCAGCGGCAACUUCACCCAGCGCAGAGGCACCAUCCUGUCUCCCGGGUACCCGGAGCCCUACGGCAACAGCCUGAACUGCGUCUGGAGGAUCACCGUCACCGAGGGCUCAGGGAUCCAGAUCCAGGUCAUCAGCUUCGCCACCGAGCAGAACUGGGACUCCCUGGAGAUUUACGACGGCGGGGACACUGCCGCGCCGAGACUGGGCAGCUUCUCAGGGACCACGGUGCCCGCCCUGCUGAACAGCUCGUCCAACCAGCUCUACCUGCACUUCCAGUCGGACAUCAGCGUGGCCGCCGCCGGCUUCCACCUGGAGUAUAAAACCGUGGGCCUGGCCGCCUGCCAGGAGCCAGCCCCGCCCAGCAACGGCGUCAAGAUGGGCGACCGGUACCUGGUGAACGACGUGCUGGCCUUCCAGUGCGCGCCCGGCUACACGCUGCAGGGCCGCUCCCACAUCUCCUGCAUGCCCGGGACCGUGCGGCGCUGGAACUACCCGACCCCGCUGUGCAUCGCGACGUGCGGCGGGACGCGGAGCAGUAUGGGCGGCGUCAUCCUGAGCCCCGGCUUCCCGGGCGCGUACCCCAACAACCUGGACUGCAGCUGGAGGAUCGCCCUGCCCGUCGGCUAUGGCGCGCACAUUCGGUUCCUGAAUUUCUCCACGGAGGCGAACCAUGACUACCUGGAGAUCCAGAACGGGCCGUACCCCACCAGCCCGCUCAUCGGGCAGUUCAGCGGCCCCGACCUCCCCGCCGCGCUGCUCAGCACCACGCACGAGACCCUGGUCCACUUCUACAGCGACCACUCCCAAAACCGGCAAGGGUUCAAACUGGCUUACCAAGCCUACGAGCUGCAGAACUGCCCGGAGCCCCCGCCCUUCCAGAACGGGUAUGUGGUCAACUCCGACUUCAGCGUGGGCCAGUCCAUCUCCUUCGAGUGCUACCCCGGGUACGUCCUCACCGGCCACCCGGUGCUCACCUGCCAGCACGGGACCAGCCGCGACUGGAACCACCCUUUCCCCAGGUGUGACGCCCCCUGCGGCUACAACGUGACGGCGCAGAACGGCACCGUCUACUCCCCCGGCUUCCCGGACGAGUACCCCAUCCUGAAGGACUGCCUGUGGCUGCUCAGCGUGCCCCCGGGCCACGGGGUCCACAUCAACUUCACCCUGCUGCAGACCGAGGCCGUCAACGACUACAUCGCUGUCUGGGACGGCCCCGACCAGAACGCCCCGCAGCUCGGCGUCUUCAGCGGGAACACAGCACUGGAGACCGCGUACAGCUCCACCAACCAGGUGCUGCUCAGGUUCCACAGCGACUUCUCCAACGGCGGCUUCUUCGUGCUCAACUUCCACGCAUUUCAACUGAAGAAGUGCCAGCCGCCCCCAACUGUCCCGCAGGCGGAGAUGCUGAUGGAGGACGAGGACUUCGAAAUCGGUGACUUUGUGCGGUACCAGUGCCACCCGGGGUACACGCUGUCUGGGGCCGACACGCUCACCUGCAAGCUCCGCACCCAGCUGCAGUUCGAAGGCACCCCCCCCACGUGCGAAGCACAAUGCCCCGCCAACGAAGUCCGCACAGAAUCGUCGGGGGUCAUCCUCAGCCCGGGUUACCCGGGCAACUACUUCAACUCCCAGACCUGCUCCUGGACCAUCAAAGUGGAGCCGAGCUACAACAUCACCAUCUUCGUGGACAGCUUCCAGAGUGAAAAGCAGUUCGACACCCUGGAGGUGUUCGACGGGCCUUCCGGGCAGAGCCCCCUGCUGGUGGUCUUGAGCGGGAACCACACGGAGCCGCUGAACUUCACGAGCCGGGGCAGCCGACUGUUCCUCCGCUGGUCCACCGACCACGCCACCAGCAAGAAGGGCUUCAGGGUCCGCUACGCAGCACCGUACUGCAGCCUGGCCCAUACCCUGCGCAACGGCGGCGUCGUGAACAGGACCGAGGGCACACUCGGGAGCCAAGUGCAGUACUUCUGCAAGCCCGGGUACCGGCUGGUGGGCAGCGGCAACGCCACCUGCCGGCGGAGCCCCGCGGGCGUGUACCAGUGGGACGCGCCGGCGCCCCUGUGCCAGGCUGUGUCCUGCGGGAUCCCGGAGCCCCCCGGAAAUGGCUCCUUCUCGGGGAACGAGUUCGCCCUGCACAGCCAAGUGACCUACGAGUGCGACGAGGGCUUCCUGCUGGACGCGGGCCACCCGGCCACGGCCGUGUGCCAGGAGGACGGGUCGUGGAGCAACCGGGGGCGGCCGCCCCCCUGCAAACCGGUGACCUGCCCUGGCAUCGAGGCCCAGCUGUCUGAGCACGUCACCUGGAGGCUGGUGUCGGGGGCCCUGAACGAGUUCGGGGCCCAGGUGGUUCUGAGCUGCAGCCCCGGGUACUACCUGGAGGGCAGCCGGCUGGUGCGGUGCCAGGCGGACGGGACGUGGAGCUCCGGCGAGGAGAGGCCUCGGUGCAGAGUCAUCUCUUGCGGAAGCCUGUCCUCGCCCCCCAAUGGCAACAAGAUCGGGACGCUGACCGUGUACGGGGCCACGGCCAUCUUCACCUGCAACACAGGCUACACCCUGGUGGGUUCGCCGGUGCGCGAGUGCCUGGCCGACGGGCUCUGGAGCGGCUCUGAGACGCGGUGCCUGGCGGGCCACUGCGGGUCCCCGGACCCCAUCGUGAACGGCCACAUCAGCGGGGACGGCUUCAGCUACCGGGACACCGUGGUGUACCAGUGCAACCCUGGCUUCCGGCUCGUGGGCACCUCCGUCCGGAUUUGCCUGCAAGACCACAAGUGGUCGGGACAGACCCCGGUGUGUGUUGCCAUCACCUGUGGUCACCCCGGCAACCCCGCCCACGGGCUCACCAAUGGCAGCGCCUUCAACCUGAACGACGUGGUGAACUUCACCUGCAACACGGGCUACGAGCUGCAGGGCGUGACCCAGGCCCAGUGCAGGAGCAGUGGCCAGUGGAGCAGCCCGCUGCCCGCCUGUCGAGUGGUCAACUGCUCCGACCCAGGCUACGUGGACAACGCCGUCCGCCACAGGCAGCAGCGGCCCCCCGAGAGCUUCAUCUACGGGACGAGUGUCUUGUAUCACUGCAAGAAGGGCUUUUACCUGCUCGGCUCGUCCGCCCUCACCUGCACGGCGGACGGCUUGUGGGACCGCUCUCUGCCCCAGUGCCUGGCUGUAUCCUGUGGGCACCCAGGUGUCCCGGCCAAUGCCGUUGUCACAGGGGAGGUGUUCACGUACGGGGCUGUGGUUCACUACUCCUGCCAUGGGGCCCGGAGCCUCAUGGGCAACAGCACCAGAGUUUGCCAAGAGGAUGGUCACUGGAGCGGGACCCUGCCCCACUGUACAGGAAACAGCCCUGGGCUCUGCGGCGACCCCGGGACCCUGGCCCAUGUUCGGCUCAGCCACGAGUUCAGGAUGAAGAGCCUCCUCCGCUUCUCUUGCAAGGUGGGCUACCUGCUGCGAGGCUCCGCCGAGCGCACCUGCUUGCUCAACGGGUCCUGGUCAGGGCUGCAGCCUGCGUGUGAAGCCGUGUCCUGCGGGAACCCAGGCACACCCACCCACAGCAGGAUUGUCAGCAGCGACGGCAUCCUGUUCUCCAGCUCGCUCAUCUACGCCUGCUGGGAGGGCUACCGGACCACGGGGCUGACGAUGCGGCACUGCACAGCCAACGGCACCUGGACGGGCACCGUGCCCGACUGCACAGUUGUGAGCUGUGGAGACCCAGGGACCCCGGCCAGCGGCAUCCAGUUUGGGAUGGACUUCACCUUCGACAAGACCGUGAGCUACCAGUGCACCCCUGGCUACAUCCUGGAGCCUGUGGCAGCAGCUGCCCUCCGCUGCACCGCGGACGGCGUGUGGAGCCACAGCAAGCCCGUCUGCAAAGCGGUCCUGUGCAGCCCACCGCCCCGCGUCCCGCAUGCAGAAGUGGAGGGAGCAGACUUCCGCUGGGGCGCCAGUGUCAGCUACGGCUGUGAGGCCUGCUACCAGCUGUCUCAGCCCGCCAUCCUGUCCUGCGAAGGCCAGGGGCGUAUGGAAGGGGAGACGCCCCAGUGCCUGCCUGUGUUCUGUGGGGACCCCGGCACCCCUGCGGAGGGCCGGUUCAGUGGCAGAAGUUUCACCUUCAGGUCUGAAGUGUCCUUCCAGUGCACGCCGCCCCUCGUCCUGGUGGGCUCCCCCAGCAGGACCUGCCAGGCGGACGGCUCGUGGAGCGGUGUGCAGCCCACCUGCAUCGACCCUGCCCAUAACGCCUGCCCGGACCCCGGCACACCGCCCUUCGGGGUACAGAACAGCUCAAGUGGAUACGAGGUGGGAAGCACAGUGUUCUUCAGGUGCAGGAAAGGCUACCACGUCCAGGGCUCCACCACACGCACCUGCUUGGCCAACCUGACAUGGAGCGGGACCCAGACGGAGUGCAUCCCUCACACCUGCGGACAGCCGGAGACGCCGGCCCAUGCAGACGUCCGGGCCAUCGACCUGCCCACCUUUGGAUACACCUUGGUGUACACCUGCCACCCAGGGUUCUUCCUGUCCGGGGGGUCUGAGCACCGCACCUGCAAAGUGGACAUGAAGUGGACGGGGAAGUCGCCUGUCUGUAAAAGUAAAGGAGUGAGAGAAGUUAAUGAGACAGUUACUAAAACGAAAGUUCCUUCCGACGUGUUUUUUGUCAGCUCCAUGUGGCAGGGCCUUUAGGAGUAUUUGGGGAAGACACAGCUGGUGACGCUGACUGUGGAUGGCUUCAACGCCACCAGCAGCAAGGUGAGUGCCACCUUUCGUUCCGCCAACCAGGUGGAGCUGAAGCUGACAGGCGUGUACAAGAAGGAGGAGGCCCACCUGCUUCUGAGAGCCGUUCGCACGCACGGCCCGGCGGACGUCUUUGUGGGCAAGCUCGACGAUGGCACCUGGGGCCUGGACGGCUACGUCUCGUCGGGACUCGAACGGGGAGGGUUCACUUUUCAAGGUGACAUCCGUGGCAAGGACUUCGGAAAGUUCAAGCUGGAGAGGCAAGACCCGCUGAUCGCUGACCAGGACUCUGAGCACCGCCCCCCGGGCACCAGCAGCGGCUCCGUGGGGGUGGCCAUCCUCGUCCCCUUCUUCGCUCUGAUACUGUCAGGGUUCGCCUUUUACCUCUACAAACACUGAACGAGACCCAAAGUGCAGUACAAUGGCUACGCCGGCCACGAGAACAGCAACGGCCAGGCCUCCUUCGAGAACCCCAUGUACGACACGAACUUGAAGCCCACAGAGGCCAAGGCUGUGCGCUUCGACACGACUCUGAACACAGUGUGCACAGUAGUAUAGCCCCCGGCCCGGGGGCCGACUCAUAGCCAUACCUCUGACGGGCAAGCAGUGAUUCCUUUGGUGCCAGGAACCUCUCUCCCUCCUCCUCCCGGCUUCGCCGCGCGGCCCUUCCCAUCUCCUACCGGAUUCACGCAGCAGGGAUGUCCAGAGACUGUGCAGAAUCUCCUGAGGACCGGCCACACCUGGCCCCCAUCCGGCUGCACCUACGUGGGGUCAAGGCGCCCUGGAGGAAGCCCGCCCACCCAUCCACCCAGGCGUGCGGGCACAUCCGCCUCCAGGCCUUGGACGUCCUGCCUCCAGAGGCUGGGAUGCCCCCCCCCCCCACUGAUGCAGCCUCCUGGGCACACGGCCACCGCCUCUGGGCGUGGUGACAAAGUAGCAGCCCCACGACACCUUCUGUCUGUGUUUUCUCACCCCCACGAGUGCAAAUACUCUGGAAAACGGCUCUCUUGAAGGAGACACCUCCCUCGCGACGCACACACCCACAGGCGCCCCGCCAGCCUUCCCCAAGCCUGGCGCACCACGAGGACCCCCAGCCCCCUCGGCGUCCGCGCCCAGGACCAUCCGCAGAUUCCCAGUCAGCUGUUCAAUUGCAGAAGUUUUGAUGCACAAUUUUUUUGCACUAGUGUGUUACAAAUGACUGAGUAAGAAUUCUGAUAAAAUAUACUAUUUACACAGGGUUUAUACACACUACACAUUGUAUAUAAACAUCCCUUCAUUUCUCAAGCCGAGCAUCUCACUGUCAGGUUGUGUAAGAGAGAGAGAAAAUCCCCAGAUAUGGCACAGGUUUUCACAGAAGUACGGUAUUAAAGAGAUUUAUUUUAUUAUUGCUUCUUUUAGCUACAUAUCUGUGUUGGACUCACUGAGAAAAAAAAGAGGCCUUUUAUUUCCCACAUGUUUCCCCCUCGCGUCUGUUGCCGUCCUGGUAGCAUCUUAGAGAAGGCUGACCGCGCCCUCCACCUGCCGUGUACAGAUGUGAAUAGUAAUUUAUUUCAGAUGUGCGUGGCCGUGUGAGUGGGAG